GCCAGUCUGAUUUUAGUCGUGCGAGAGAGAGGUUGUGUCGUCCGCCCGAUUACCAAGUGCCUAAAAAAGGAAUGUGCCUUUAGUGACAGUGUUACUAGUGUAAAGUUUAUUUUUGUAUAAUCUGUGUCUUACUUGUGAAAAAAAAAAUGGAGUUAAGAAGAUUAUCUAUAUAUUUGGCGCUCUUCGUGUUCGUCUGCGUGUCACAAUGUACAGAAGCGCGUAACACCAAAUACAGCGGAGAGGGUGAUGAUAUCAACUACGAUGAUGUGCUGGCUGAUGAAGCCAGUGAUGAUGAAGCGCAAAAUGAUGCUGAUGGUGGUAAUGACGCUGAUGAAGACGUAGAAGAUGCGAUAAUGUUGACGCAAGCGACGAAUUACAGUGUGGCGAUUGGAAGGAACGUGCGACUCGAGUGUAAAGUGUCUCCCGCUGAUGGCGUUGUCGUUCAAUGGACAAGGAGUAACACGAAAUAUUUCAUCGGAACAUUGAAAAGGACUGAGCAAGAUUUGAAGACGUACACCGGACAGGAUAGAUUCUUCAUAGCUGCGAAUUCAACAGAUCUUCUAAUAAAGGAUGUACAGCCAAGUGACAGUGGCACCUACAGAUGUGAAAUAUUGCAAAUGAACCCGCCCUCAGUUGAACACAACAUUGUUAUUACUGAGUCUCCUAAAGUUAUUCGGUUCUAUGCAUCAGACAACGGAAAGGUAGCAGAAGGGAGUGACCUCCUCCUCACGUGUGAAGCGGCUGGCUCCCCUCCUCCACAGAUCCUCUGGUCUUGGGACGGGGAUAAUGGCAACCACCGUUUGACAGAAAAGGACGGAGAGUUCACAGCGAACAGCGUCUUCAUUAGGAACGUGAAACGUCAAAAUGCCGGCAAAUAUUACUGCUAUGUGUUCAAUAGUGUUGGUAAUGAUCAAGCGGAGUUGGCUGUUAAUGUCUUACGCAAACCAAGAGUGCAUGUACACAGGACUGUCGUCAACUCAGAUUUGAAUGUAGAAGCAGUUCUUGAAUGUUCGAUUCAUGAUGAGCCAGCAUCACACAUCCGUUGGUACAAAGAUGGCAGACUCAUCGAAGAUUCCUCAAGUCAGUACACCGUCAGCACAAACGGACAGCAUUCCAACUUAACUGUUAUUCCUUCUAGUGAUGUGGACUUUGGAACUUUCACUUGUGAGGCGGAAAACAACCUCGGCAAGCACAACAGAUCCAUUGAGCUAGUGCAGAGGCCAGUUGUAGAAGACUUCACUAGCGAAGGCACUAAACUGUCCUGGAUAGUGCACUCGCACCAGCCGCUAAAAGCUAUGGAGCUGCAAUUGAGAGAUGUUAAUGGGGACGAAGAAUGGCGAACACUUUCCGUACCACUACCCUCAGAACAACAACACGAGUACAUAAUAUCGUACUCGCUAGACUCAGCGGACAUAGACGCGGGGAAAUACGAAGUGGCCGUCAAAGUGCAGAAUAGCAAGAGUUGGAGCGAACACGCUAGCGCUGUUGUUGAUAUCGAAGCGCAACCGGAGUACAUCCGACCUGCAUCAGUAUAUUUGCCGAGCAGUGCAUUCUCAAUUCGACCGUCGUUCGCUCUACUCCCACUCAUCUACGUUUUGGUGCGAUUUUAAACGAAAAGUAGCUUAAAUAUUAUUUAUUUAGAGGCGUAUCGGUGUUAAGACAAUUCCGCUGUAAUAUCUUAUUUUAUUAGUCAAUACAAUUAUUACAAUAUUUUUUAGAUUUUUUUCUUAGUUAUCGAAAAAUACAAUUAUAAUUUUUU